CUCCUUGUCACCUUUUUUGAAUGCUCUCUACCCGUGACUAAAUUAUUUUGCAUACAAACAACUCUUUUGAAAGAGAAAAAAACUACGUGUAUCAUCUUUAAUUUCUAUCCCCAAGUUUCAUCUCUUUCUCUUCCUGUCACAUCCUCUCAACAGCUCACGAGCCUCACAUGCCCCACUUAUAAUGACUUCUCUCCUUUGAUACUGUCACUUAUUCUUGGUUUCAUCUAUGCAACCCAAAACUUGAGAGUUCCACUAAUGCUCCUCCUCAACCUUCUUUGCAUUGGAUACGGCUUUACUUUGUCUUUUGAGAUUGUCAUGAUAGUCCCAUCAGACAUGAAUCACGACGAUCUCAGACAUGGUGAAAUCGUCCCCAAUGACAAUACUGAAUGAUCGAAGACUGCUCUCUUGCCCCGAGAGGGUGGAGCUUCCAGGAGUAUUCUGGAAUCAAGAGGAAUUCAUUCAAGGGAUAGAUUCUUGGGUUCAUCUAUGCAACCCAAAACUUGAGAGUUCCACUAAUGCUCCUCAACAUUCUUUGCAUUGUUGUUAAGCUUGUUUCUCUGGCUAAUCAUUCCCAACUCCUAGCUUCAAGCUACUUGAGUUCCAUUUCCAUAUCUUUGUUUGUCUUUUCUUCUUAGUCAAGCUUAUGCAUGAAUGACAUGAUGAUUUACAUGGUUGUCAUGCACUGCGAAUUUACUUUCUAUGACAAAUAUGGCUUAAGAUGGAUUUUAAUUUGCUGAAAUUAUUAUUAUUUUCUAAAUGAGAGCAUGCAUCUAGAUCAUAGAAACCAUCCCCUGUUUAUUUAUUUCCCAUUCAGGGCCUUAGGGGUAGGAUUUUGAAACUCCAGUUACUCCACUUAAAAUGUCAACUCUUUUGAGCAACUCUUGUAGUUUUAAAGAAUUUGAUUGAAAAUGCCAUACUUUUCCAUUAUUUGUGAAAUUUUAUCCUUUUUUGUUGCUUAGGGGGCACUGUCAAGUUGUUACAUAGAGAAUCUUUCACUUGAAAAGUGCAAUCUGGUCAAUGCAGGAUACUAUCUUUUGAGUAACAUACAUUUACGAGAGGUCCUACUAUGGUCACUGACACUCUUCAUGCUGCUGCUAUUUUGCUCAAACAUGGAGGUGAUUGGGAUUGGUUUGUCAGUUUGUGUGCCUCUGAUUACCCUUUGAUCACUCAAGAUUAUGGCUUGCUACAAUAGAAUAAUAACGAGUACUAACUACUAAUGAUGCAAGUCACAACACCCAGAUGCAAAGACAUCAUCUUCAAAGGGCCAUCAAGUUUCACAACAAAUACAACCAGAAUCUCUCAACAAAUGUCGGGUAUUCUUUCUAAAGUCAGAAUAAUUUGCUUCCGUUUUUGCUCAAGGAAUAGUUUUUCAAGGUUGAAGGCACUCAAAAAGAGGAAAUGGGUUUAUGGACAUUGCUGGAGGGAUGUCUGAUCCUUGCCAAUGCAUUGGCAAAAUUAUGUUGAAUGAAAGACCGCUUUUGAAUACAUGAGAGUUCCAGUAAUGCUCAACAUUCCUUGCAUAGUUGCAUUGUCGUUAAGCUUGUUUCUGCCUUCAAGGUGAACUUGAGUGAGGAGCAAAAUAGAAGAAUUUCGCUAGGAGUACUUGGAGUUUGAGGAGAUAAAGCUUGAGUAUCUAUUUGAUGAUGAUGUUGAUUCGAGAGCUUCCGCUAGAGAAAAUAUUUUGCCUGACUCGUCCUCGCUAAACCAGGGAUAUUCAUCGGCGAAGACACUACGUUCAAGGCACACCGGCCAACUCGAGAAGAAGUGAGCCAUGUCAACUGUUCCAGAAAAUAUUGAUGAGUUCGAUGAUGAUGUUGAGGACUUCACUAAGGAGUGUGUAACGAGGCCAAAGAGGAGACAGAAAACGAAGAAAAAAAUGUUGCUGCAGAAAGCUACUGAUGACAGAAUCAUGGUGGAGGUGAAUGCAUUUGGUGUUCAUUGUGGUGAUGGUUGGACAAACCUAGCUAACUACUGUGGCGUCUUGGUGAAGGAUUAUGUGUCGAUUCUCUAUGACGACUGGCGACAUGUACCUGAUAAAGUAAAAGAUGAGUUGUGGGAACAUCUUCUGAAACUGUUUGUGCUGACUUCAAGGUCUAAGAAGCAAGUUUUUGCCACUAUGAGUGUUGCUUUGAGACAAUUCCGGUUCACUCUACGGAGUGAUUUCAUCUUACCACAUAUGGAUGACUUCACGAAGCUAAGAUAUCCUCCUGAAGAGUAUAAGCAUAUUCGCACUGACGAGUGUUGUCUUUGUGAAAAAGACUUUCACAGAAGAGUUUCAAGUAAAGAAUCAAAGAGGAAAAGAUAUAAGGAAAAAGAACAAGUAUGACCUUCUUACUCAAGAAGAAGGAAAAGGAGCUUGGAGCUAAUGUCAUGGACAUUGAUCGAGUGGAUACAUGGGUAUGGGUCCAUCAGGGCAAAGAUGGAGAAUUUGAUGAUGAAGUGAAAGCUAUUGUAGAAAAAAUACUAAGUCUAUCUAACUGACAUUUUAAAUCGGGUUUAUUUUAAAGCUAGUGAAAGUAAAUAUAAGCUUUUCACAUUUAUAAGUGGACACUAAUGAAUACUUUGACAUGCCAAAACCAUGCAUGUCUGAGAAGCAAAAAGAGAAAAGCAUUUGUGAAAAGAGAUAUGAGAUGAUAGUAGAACAACUUCGUGAUAUGAAAGCACAGUUCAGUUCCUACGCCGGUAGUGACAUUGGUAGUUGCAGUGUCGCAACGAAGUCCCCAAGUGGUGAAAUUGGAAAACGAAAGGCGACUGGAGAGGUUGAAAAGCCGGUUUAUACUCCCACGAAAACACAUAUUCAUAGUCAACUUAGUACAUCUCCUAGACACACCUCUGUAGAGAAAGAAGUUGUACCGCCAACAACUGGACCAAAGCCCAACAAACAGAGAAAGGACAAAAAACCAGAGGUCUUUUCUGAAAAAUCACCGAAGAAGGAAGUUGAAGUUGAUGACAUGGGUUGGCUAGAAGAGCCCGAGGCAGUCCACUUUGGUGCAGAUGAAGAACAACAAUGCACCAAAACUAAGAAGUUUCAAAGGUGCACUCCAAAGAAGAUUGAAACAAAUCCCCAGCUUCCCAGAAGAUCCCUGCGACACAUAUUAGACAAGACUGACACACCAUUUAAAGGUGUAAAGGAAGAAUUGGGGAAUGAUGACGUGGAAGUGGUGAAAGUCAAUAGGCCUCAAAUGAAAAAGAAAAGUGCUCCAGUCAGGAAGCUUACUAUGCAACGAACAACAAGGUCCAUAGCAAAGAAAAGAAAAGAACAAAGCCUGAACAUGAAGGUCUUAAACUGUGAUCAACUGUGCCGCAUAGUGAUCAAUUGUGAGAAGGUCUCAACUCUGUGAUAGAAAUUUGGUGCAAGAACCUUUAUGAAAAAAUGAUGGAAGAUGGAGGGGAAAUGCCUGUCCAGUUUGGUACAUCAGCUGCGAUACCACGUCCAAGGAGACCAUCUCAUGAUUCCAUCACAAGGAGGUCCCAAUACAUAUCAGAACUUUUGGGCAUCGUUUACUUGGACAAUCACAUUACUCCCGUACAAUUCAGGAUUUAUUUAGAGUGAAUGCUAAAGCUAGCAGAGUUGUGGGAGUGCAAUCGGUUCACGGAAGAAUUAAUGGGAAGACCCGAACAGAGGAAGUUCUCUGGUGUUAAAGAGUAUUCCGAACAAGAUAUUUUAGAAGUACGUGAAGAAUGAGUUGCUUAUGCAGUGACUUUGGUGAAAGAAGAUCAGUGACUUGUUCAAUGGACACUGAAGGAGUUGUUUUGAAGGAACCCGACCAUUUGACAAACCCUUUGAUGAAGAAGCUGUUUUUGGCCUCUUUGUUGAAGGAUAUGUUUUUGGCAUGGAUACGUUUGGACAUGUUUGUUAAACUAUAAAUGCCUUUAAUGUAUUGUUACAUGAUGAAGUAUUAUAGCUGUAGCUAAACUAAGCUUAACUAAGCUUGUAUUGUUAGGAACUUUAAUGUUCUUAGCUAAGUAAGAGCAGUCAUUUUGAACAUUGUUGGGCUGUUUAUUACUUUGACUUGUCAUUCUAUAAAGUCAUUUGAAU